AUGCCUCAAAAAGAGUUCUGCCCAAAAGGCUAUCAGGAAAUUCCCGAAAAACAUCAGAAUUCUCCAGACGUGCACCUCCGCUCGAGCAGUUCCAGCAAGCAACAAUUCGACUUUUCCUUCGAAACUAUCCGCCAGAACUUGUUCCGGGUCGUCUUUUCAUCCCAAGACCAUCCAAUCCCUCCCUACCCGAGUGUUUCCAAGCCAGAAACAAACCUGCGUGAUGUCCAGAUCUCCGCAGAUUCCAGCUCCUCGGCGAAAACAAUCCAGGUUGGCGACGUGACUGCCUCUGUGGAGUGGGCUCAGACCCCAGUGGUGUCUUUGUCUUGGACCGGCGAGGAAAAGCCAUUGCAUCGCGAUCUACCCUUGCGUUCGUAUGUGGCGGAUGCGACUGGUAUCGCGCACUAUACCGAGCACGAUCGAGAUGCUCUGCACGUUGGUCUGGGAGAAAAGAGGGCUCCUAUGGACCUCAGUGGUCGGAACUUCCUUCUCUCCGCCACGGAUUGCUUUGGAUAUGAUGUCUAUAACUCGGAUCCUCUAUAUAAGCACCUUCCUCUGCUGGUCAAGGCUACUGCCAAUGGAUGUGUUGCUAUCUUUUCGACGACACAUGGCAGAGGCUCUUGGUCUGUUGGCUCAGAGAUCGAUGGCCUCUGGGGACACUUCAAGGUGUAUCGUCAGGAUCAUGGAGGUCUUGAGCAGUAUUUGAUCGUUGGAAAGACAAUCAAGGAUGUCGUCAGGUCAUACGCAGAGCUUGUCGGCUUCCCCAUUCUCGUUCCUCGAUGGGCAUACGGAUACAUCUCUGGUGGUUAUAAAUACACGAUGAUCGAUGAACCACCUGCCAACCAAGGUCUCUUGGAAUUCGCAGAUAAAUUGAAGGAACACGGAAUUCCUUGUUCUGCCCACCAGAUGAGCUCGGGGUAUUCCAUCGCAGAGAAGGAGCCCAAAGUCCGCAACGUCUUCACCUGGAACAAACAUCGAUUCCCCAACCCAGAAGAGUGGAUUGCCAAGUACCAUGCGCACGGAAUCCGACUCCUCACCAACAUCAAGCCCUUCCUGCUUGGUUCGCAUCCUGACUUCAAGCGACUUGUUGAUGCAGGUGCCUUUUUCAAGGACGAAGAUACCAAUGAGCCAGGUUAUAUGCGUCUGUGGAGCGCUGGAGGUGCUACAGGAGGCGACGGCUGUCACAUUGACUUCACUUCGUCCUUCGGUUUCAAGUGGUGGUAUAACGGUGUGCAAAGCCUAAAGCGCGCUGGUAUCGACGCCAUGUGGAACGAUAACAAUGAGUAUACUCUGCCAGACGAUGACUGGAAGCUUGCCCUCGACGAGCCAGCUGUUGCUAAAGCUGCACAGAAGCAGGUCACAAAUUCAGUCGGACUCUGGGGACGUGCUAUACACACAGAGCUCAUGGGCAAGUCGUCUUACGAUGCCCUCCUUGACAUAGAGCCUCAGCAUCGUCCCUUCGUCUUGACUCGUAGUGCCACUGCAGGAACUAUGCGAUAUGCAGGCAGUACCUGGAGUGGAGAUAAUGUCACCAGUUGGGAUAAUAUGAAAGGAGCCAACGCACUGUCUUUGAACGCAGGCAUGUCUCUUUUGCAGUGCUCCGGUCAUGACAUUGGCGGUUUCGAAGGUCCCCAGCCCUCUCCCGAACUACUCCUCCGCUGGAUCCAGCUCGGCAUCCAUUCCCCCCGAUUCGCCAUCAACUGCUUCAAGACAGCCCGGAACAGCUCAUCCGGAGACGUCAUUGAGCCAUGGAUGUACCCCGAGAUCACACCCUUGGUGCGAGACACCAUCAAGCGCAGAUACGAGAUCCUGCCAUACAUCUACUCCCUAGGCCUGGAGAGCCAUCUGGACGCUUCUCCCCCACAGCGCUGGAUCGGCUGGGGCUUCGAGUCAGACCCCGAAGUCUGGACACAAACUCUCAAGUCAGGCGAGGAACAGUUCUGGUUCGGCGACACCAUCCUCGUUGGAGGCGUGUACCAGCCCGGCGUGAAUGUCGCGCGGUUCUACCUCCCGCGCAAGGCCGCCAACGACCAGUUCGAUUAUGGGUAUGUCAACAUGAACGCUCCAUACACCUACCUCGCCUCCGGGCAGUGGGUCGAGAUACCCUCCGAGUGGAAGGCGAGUAUUCCUCUCGUCGCUAGAAUCGGCGGAGCCAUCCCAGUCGGAAAGUCUGUUCACACUAAAGUCCCCGGCGACGAUACCGCUGCUUCGUUGGCGGUGCAGGAAGACGACGACUACAGAGGUGUUGAGAUCUUCCCGCCCCAGGGUGGCUCUCAUGGUCGUGUCUUCUCCACCACGUGGUAUGAAGAUGAUGGCAUCUCCCUGCAUCCUGGCAUUUCACGAUACACUAUUAGCUAUAGCUCCACUGCUGAGAAGGUCAUCGUGGAAUUCGCUCGUGAUGAGCAAGGUGGGUUUGUACCUGCUUGGAAGGAUUUGGAUAUUAUUCUCCACAACGGUGACGAGAGACGUGUAGUCUCGGAAGUGGGCAAGUCGGUGGAAUAUAAAGGAAAGGACUCUCGUGGCCGGGUUGUGUAUACGCUGAAGGCGUAGGAGGAGAUGAUUUCUUUGUUUUCUUGGUUUGCAGGUAGAUGUCCGUAGAUCGACUAGAGCAUGAGUGACUCGAUUUAAGAUGGGUUGGCGUUGACAGGGUAGAAAAUUGAAGUUAAUAGCAAAUCAACCCUCUACUUUCAUUCCAAGCCCAGGCUCGGGGCAUACUUUUCAAGAUCAUAUAUUAAACAU